UUUUCGAAGUCAAAAAACGAAAAACGACACAAAAAUUCAGCAAAUUUUUAGAAAGAGGCAAUCAACGACUUAGAAAUGGGAAAAACUACAGCAAAUACCCGAACAAGAUUAAGAGAUAAAAAUGCACCAAAAAUACCCAUGAAUGCCUACAGUCGUUAUUUUAAAGCUAGCGUAAGUAAUAGUAGAAGGGAAGGUAAAAAUACAAGAGAAGUUAGCAGCAAAAUAGCCAAGCAAUGGUCAACAAUGACUGCUGAAGAAAAAAAGCCUUAUUUUGAUGAGUAUAAUCGAGAAAAAGAAAUUUAUUAUGAACGAAUGAAGGAAUAUAAAGAAACUGAACAAUACAAAGAAUUUCAAAAAAUAAAAUUGGAGAAGAAGAAACGAGCAAGAAGAAAGAGCCGUUUAAGUGUAGAUCAAGAAGAAUGUUCAUCAACUUCUAAUUUAUCUGUUCAUCCUCCAAACGAAAUUAAAAUUUUUUCUCAAGAAUUUCUUGAUUACAACAAAAAACAAGAAAAUACACUCAAAACUCUGAGGAAUAAAAAGAAUAAUAUUACAAAUGAAUGUAACAAUAUUUAUGAACAUUUCGUUUUUACAAAUGAACAAUUAAAAUAUUUAAAUGAAAGUAUUAAAGAAAAAGAGGAAUAUUUUAAAGAAUUGGAAUUGUUUGAAAGAAAAACUUUAAACGAUAUUUUGGACGCUUUAGACAAGGCAAAUUUAUUAGACCCAUUAAAAAUUAAAAAACAGUCAAUUACUCUUGAAGAAAUUUUGAAAAUCUUCACUGACUCACAAACAAAUAAAGAAAUUUUUAAUAAAAUACGUCAAAGUUUCAAAGGUCUUCAUUUUGAUUUUUCACAAAUAUUAUUUGAAGAGACAAAAUAA